UUUCGACGCUGAUGCCCCAGACUCUUUAGCUAACACAAGUGUAUUUUCCACCUUGGAUGGAUCUCAAAAGUGGAUUUUGGCAAAUAGAAAUGUAUCCUAACUCAAAAAAAGACUUCUUUUGCUACACAUAAUGGUCUUUUUGAAUUCUUAAUCAUGCCGUUUGGUGCAAGUUGCUAGUACACCCCCCACAUUUUUCAGUUGAAACACCAUGUGGAAGCAACAUGCAGUCAACAGGUUCAGUGCUCCAAGAGUGGAAUAAAAAGAGAAAAAGCAGGCACAGAAUAUCAUUGCGACAUCUGCGGCAAGACUUUCGACCGCUCAGACAACUUAAAUACACAAAGCAGCAUUCACACCGGAGAGAAACCAUUCGAAUGCACCCGCUGUUAUAAGACGUGUUCGGACAAAUCUGCUCUCAAUCGUCACCUGAAAGCCCACAACAAGCGAGCUGCCGAAUGAACUUUACCUGGGCAACCUGUGGAGAAACCUUUCAUAACUGCGCACCUUACAACACAUGUCCGCACUGCUCAUCAACAACACAACAAGCAAACAGCCACAAACGUAGCCCUACGACUUACACAUGCAUACACCUCCAAUGAUGCCAGGAAGAUGAUAAACAUCAUAAGUGAGCAAAACCCAUUUGACAAUCAACCAAGAAAAAACCUUAAGUAAAUAAAAGUUUUCCUUCUAUAUCCAAUAACUCACUAAAUCAGCUCCACGUAUUUGCUUUGCACUUGGUUAACACAACACAAGAACCGCCUGGAGUUUAUCUGAAUUUACCUUUCUAUUCUAUUUUUUUCUCCCUCAGAUUUAUCCAGAUGGACAGUUACUUCGGAAUGAUGCCAGCUUAAAUCUUUGCAAUCAAUGCUAGAUCCAAGCAAAGCUUCAAAACAUCAUCUGGACGUCAAUACGGAUAAGAACAAACUUUCCAAAUCAUUCCAUGCAGAGGCGGUUGUUGCAUUUGAAAAAACUAACGAUAUUCCCUGUGCCAUCGUGAUGUUGAAGACCCUCGAUGACCUUUCUUUAAUGGAACCUCUACCCCCAUUAGCAAUUCACAGGGACAUCUCACACACCACCCGUAAAACUAUGUGGGAGUUAAGUUAUGGCAUCGAAAGAAUUGAUAAGAAAGGAAAAUGUCUAGGAGACAUCUGCAUUGCAACAGGUUUGGAGAAUGUACAUAAUCUAAAUAUAAAUGAGUGAUAUGCCAAUCUACCGUGUACAUAUGGCUUCAAUUAGCAGGAAGAAAUCAGCUCUGGGUCUUUAUUUGUCAACCAGAUUUGAAAUCGUUGUAAUGUACCUUGGUUCCAUUUUAAUAACCCUAAACGAUUUAGAUGUUUCCAUGGAUCGAUCUAUUACAUUGAUGAGAUAAUAUAGAAUGUGUGUCAAACCAGAAUAUUUACGUUGUCGUUUUUUUCAUUAAGAACGCCACUGAUCCAAGAGGAUAUCAAACAAAUUGGGGGGGACGAAUUUAAUAUGUGGACUGUAAUUUCCCAUAAAUCAACCGUUGGGUGGACGAAAUUCGUGAAAAAGGAAUAACUCGAGUCUCUCUCUCCUUGGAGCUCUCCAGUUGCUAUGGUAAAUAAGAAGGAUGGAUCACAUAAAUUUUGUAUUGAUUUUCGUAAAGUUAAUAAAGUCACUAAAGUAGGUAGCUUUCCAAUGCCUUUCGACGCUGAUUCCCCAGACUCUUUAGCUAACACAAGUGUAUUUUCCACCUUGGAUGGAUCUCAAAAGUGGAUUUUGGCAAAUAGAAAUGUAUCCUAACUCAAAAAAAGACUUCUUUUGCUACACAUAAUGGUCUUUAUGAAUUCUUAAUCAUGCCGUUUGGUGCAAGUUGCUAGUACACCCCCCACAUAUUUCAGUUGAAACACCAUGUGGAAGCAACAUGCAGUCAACAGGUUCAGUGCUCCAAGAGUGGAAUAAAAAGAGAAAAAGCAGGCACAGAAUAUCAUUGCGACAUCUGCGGCAAGACUUUCGACCGCUCAGACAACUUAAAUACACAAAGCAGCAUUCACACCGGAGAGAAACCAUUCGAAUGCACCCGCUGUUAUAAGACGUGUUCGGACAAAUCUGCUCUCAAUCGUCACCUGAAAGCCCACAACAAGCGAGCUGCCGAAUGA